AUGCCGGAAUGCUGGUGGUUUGCGAAGUAUGGCUAUUGUUCUGCAGGAGAUGAAUGCUUAUACGCCCAUCCAAAAGAGCGGCGUGUUGAGUGCCCUGACUACAAUCGAGGUUUCUGUAAACUAGGGCCUACAUGUCCGCGGAAACAUAUUCGAAAAGUUGCCUGUCAGACAUAUUUGACUGGCUUCUGUCCUCUUGGUCCUGAAUGCCCUCGCGGCCAUCCAAAGCCUAAUUUACCUCCGUCCAAGGCUUAUGAUCCACCCUCGCCCCCUUCUGCCAAAGAUCUGGGUCCUCCGCCUCCAGGCUAUGGUCGCUACGCUGACUUUGAUAGAACCGCUGCGGGAGGUGCCAAUAUGCCAGGUGGUCCCGGAAAUCCCAUGAUCGGCCCCCCGAGGCGCAAUCUUGACGAGGUUCUGUGUUUCAAGUGCGGGGAAAAGGGACACUAUGCAAACCACUGUCGGAAUCGUAACGUUCCGGGAAAUCGCGGCGGCACUGAAAGACUCAAGAGAUUUGGGGAGUGA